AUGGUCCACUUUUCCGCCAUCUUCCUCGCCGCCGUCGCGACCAUGACGCCCCUGGUCAGCGCCGCCUGCUCUGUCGACAUCAUCAACUUCAACCAGGUCGCUGUUGGGCACGCGUGCAUUCCCGCCAACGGCGAAGGAGACAUCGUUGUUGCAUCGACGAAGAAGACCUACACUGUCCUCACCUCGGAGUCGUGCGGUCUCAGCCUCCGCGCCCAGGCUCUGCCGGCCAACUGGUCGCUUCAAUACAAGGGCUCGUGCUAG